GAGUUGUUUUCUGUCUUCUGCAUUUGUUAUUUAUAUCCUUCGUCCUAUAAUUUGAUAAUUUUCAUGAUUCACCAAACAGGCAUAUGUUAGAAAAGCCCCAAACAUGAGUUUAUGUUAAUCAAAAGAAAAAGAUAACCAAGUUUUAGGCUUAGGGGGUGGGUGUUUGGAUGUGUUAUUAUGUGACAUUAAAUAUAUUACAGAUAUGAAUUAAGGCUGUUGGAGGAGAUGGUUUUGAUGUAAUUCUUAAUUCUUUUGUUUGAACUUGUUAUAAUCACUUUGAUGGUGUUGAGUGUUUCCAGAUUACGUAUUAAACAAGUAAUAUAUAUAAUAAUAAUAAAACAAGGGUAAUAAGUUUAUAGAGAUAGUUUAAUUCAUCAUUUCUGUUAUUUAUAAGUGAAUCAUAAACAAACGUAGAUUACUCUCAAAGUAACAACACUAUGAACUGAUACAGUUUUCUUGUGCCAACACUCCAACUAUAAAUUUGAAUGGGUAUAUGAAAAUGGUUUAAUCUCGUCACAUGGAAACCCGAUUAAGAAGCAUAGCCACACCAAUUUUCAGUGUCGGUCGGUCCAACAAAAACACCGUGAGAUGAAAGCUAAACGUCUGUCUAAAGUUCAACGUUCGUCUAGAGCUCAGCGAGUGGAUAGAAUCACUACGCUUCCACAAACCAUAAUAGAAAUCAUCCUAUGUCUUUUACCUAUUGAAGAAGCAGCAAGAACAAGUAUCCUCUCAAGGGAAUGGAGGUUCAAAUGGACCACAAUUCCUAAACUCGUGUUUCUCGAGGACACUGUGAAAAUGUCAACUGAAAAGUGGCAUUUGUCUAAUCGGAAGAAAAUAUCUGAAUUAGAACGUGAAAGGAGAGAGAAGGAAAUGAGGUGUAAACUUUUCUAUGCUAUACACCAAGUUUUGUUACAGCGCCAAGCUACAAUACAGGAGUUCACCAUUUCGAUAUAUCCGGAUGAGACCUGUUUUGAAAUUGAUCAAAUACUACUUCAUUUGUCAAGGAACCAUACUCUCAAGAGAUUAACACUCGACUUUUUGGGUUGCAACUCGUAUCGUUUACCCUUGUGUGUCUUCUCGUUGCAUCAUUUGACAGACCUACAUCUUGAACAUUGUUAUGUCGACCCUAAACCAAUAUUCAACGGACUUGGUAGCCUAGUACGCUUAACCUUAAACGAAACAUGGAUCUCUAAAAAACCUCUUCUACAUCUUUUAUCUGGUUGUCCAUCACUUAAGAGCUUGUGUUUGACGCAGGUUAAGCUUGAAAAUCAAAUUCACGAGAAUCGAAAUCCCAGCAUUAUGAAGCUAUUUAAGUGUUUAACUCACAUUGAACAUUUGACUACUUGGGGUUAUAUCACUAGGAUAGUUCAAGACUGGAUGCCAGAGCUUCCCCCCUCACUGAUCCAUCUCAAAUACUUUUGUAUCGAAGAAUUGUGUUUUGGUCCUAGUAAUGGAUUUGCUUUUCUUGGUGUUUUGCUCAAAUGCUCCCCGAACUUGGAGAAAAUUACGCUAGAGAUUGAAACAGAUGAUGGCUAUAAUGAGAUAGAGUCGGAUAAUAGGGAAGAAAAAUUUUCCCUUAUAUUGGAAAAAUACUCGGAUGUUUGGCUGGAGCAUCUGAGUGAAUUGGAGAUUCUAUAUUACAGAAACGUUAAGCUUGAGUUGGAUUUACUGAAGUUCAUCUUGGCCAGGUCACCUAAUCUGAAGAAGGUGAAAUUCCGAACCUGGAUGUUUGGUUCGAGGGAAGAUUUGAAGAUGCUAAGAACUCUCUUACGCCCUCCACGUGCAAGACUGAUAGAAUUUAUUUUUGUCUAGAACUAGUGUUGAUGGUCUUGUUUUUCUUUAUUGAAAAUGUACCUGAUGUUAAAAGAGUUGGAAACAUUUUCUUGGACUCAUUUGGUUGCAGUAACAAUAAUACGAUGCUUGUAUUUCCUAGA